AUGGCAAACAUGUCGCCGUUUUUGAUGUUCAUCGGAAUCCUCCUAUCAUCCAUAAUGAUCAACCACCUUCCCGUAGCAAACUCAAAACAAUGGUGUGUAUCAAUGCCGACAGCGACGUAUGAGCAGCUAGAAGAUAAUCUCGGGUUUGCGUGCGCUAAUGGAGUUGAUUGUAGACCAAUCCUACCAAGUGGAGCAUGUUUUAAGCCCAAUACUACAAUAAGCCAUGCUUCAUACUUGAUGAAUUCUUAUUACGCACAACAUGGCCGAACCAACAAUUCAUGCUUUUUCUUUUUCCCAAAUAGUGCCAUGCUCACUUCCGAAGAUCCUAGUUACAAUCUGUGUAUCUAUAAAUAG